GUAGUCUGCCAUAACUUUAAAGAAGAAGAACUUCCGGUUCUCCCUGCUUGCUUCUUUCUCCACUAAAAAGCCGGAGUGUGGUCUUAGGACAGAGUGUAGCCAACUAGCUAGCUAACGUUACGGUACACGUGAAGACUACCUAAUAUGGGUCGCCGCAAGUCCAAGAGAAAGCCCCCUCCAAAGAAGAAGCUUACUGGAAAUUUGGACACUCAAUUCACCUGUCCAUUCUGCAAUCACGAAAAGUCAUGUGAUGUGAAAAUGGAAAGGACCAGAAAUACUGGGAUAAUAUCAUGCACAGUUUGCCUGGAGGAGUUCCAAACCCCCAUUACCUAUCUGUCAGAGCCUGUGGACGUGUACAGUGAUUGGAUAGACGCUUGUGAAGCAGCCAAUCAGUAGCCCAGGCUCACCGGGGCAGAAGACCUCACGUUGGAACAGGAAGCUGAUUUAGCGGUGGCUCUCGUCUGUUUCUCACCAAUCACUGCCAGUCUUCAGCCCAAGAUAAUGAUCCUGUUCCAGGCUGACUACAUUGCAGACGUUGCAUUGCAUCAACCAAUAGUUGCGUGCCACAUCAUCAACUGCAGUUGGGCAUCAUAUUGCUAUGUCGUGUGGUUAGCUGAUAUGUGAACCAACUAUCCAGACGUUGUGAGAUCUGGCAGAUGCCUGCAAAUGUAGUCAGCCUGGUAAGCAGCCUCUGACCUUUACCUCACCGCACAUCUCCCACACUAGUGACCUGGCGUCCACCGAGACUGUCUGGCGUAGCCAUAGUUCAGUCCAGAGCCCUAUAUAGGUUACGCAUCAAAUGGCACCCCAUUCCCUAUGUAGGGCACUACUUUUGACCAGCUCGGGUGGAAAAUAGUGCACAAUUUAGGGAAUAGGGUUCCGUUUGGGAUGUGACCUUAGAGGUAUAUAUGACUCUGGUUAAGUCAACCUAUUCCCCUACUCACCGUUUUAAUUAAUACAGACUUCAUUUUCCAAGCGGUCAGUUGUCAUGGCUCAUAGUUUACUGGUAGGAUUACAGUUAGUAGCUGCUCUUGGGUUAGUUUGUACUCUCCCCUGUGUCCAGUUCUUCUAGAGAUACACAACACCACAGUGUACAGCAACACCACAGUGUUGGGUCAUUCCAUUGGGGUGUAUUUGGAGUAACUCUUCAUGCAAACUAGUGGGGUGUUCCAGAAAGCAGGAUUGUUAAGUUAGCCAGCUAACUUUGAUAUGCAGUUAAAUAUAUCUUUAUUUUAUAUUUAGAAAGUUAAACUUGAAUAUGGGUUGUUGUUGGUUGUCAAGUCAAUUAUACCGUGAUGAUUUUUUUGGGGACUGUUAGCUGGCUAAGUCAUUGAUCCUGCUUUCUGGAAGUCUAAACUCAAGUGGUUUAUUAAAUAUUUUCUAUGAAUAUCCCAGGUCCUUUUUCUCAAUGUGAAAAUGGUUAUGGUAUCUCCCUGAAGACAUGUUGCACCAUUCGUUUGUCAGAGAAAUUUACUAAACGGGAGAGGUAGGAUGGUACAUAAACAGUAGGUCCAAAUUAGUAUUAUUGAUUUGAUUAUUUUAGUUUUUCAAAUGAUAAGAAAAUUGCCAAUGAUUUGCAACUGGUUGCCCUUUGUAAUAUUGUAAUGAUUUUUAUUUUCAAUGUGACAAAUUAAAAAGUGUUGUAUUUUGACACCCACAA